CGCCCGAACGAAGCGAGGAUGGAAAGGUACACGAGACGAGAAACUCUUUCCUGAACAUGUGCCUUACCGUUUUUGUUGGUACGACGUGUAGAAAGUGUGAUUUUUAACGCACGUUUUCUACCGAGCGUGCGGGAAAACGCACUUUCCGCACGAAGUAUUGGAAAAAAAAAAGAUAUUCGAAAUCUGAAAAAUGGAUUUUGAAGGGUUAGGAUAUCUCAAAAGUACGACGUAAUAGAGCAAUUUCAAGAACGGAUUCGUGUUCAACGCAUCGUAAUAUUUCGAGAUACAUUACUGAUAUUCUUGGAAAAAUUUCAUGUUGACCUGUGUAACAUAUCAAAGUACAACGCCUAGAGGUUUAUUAGCUCCGAUUUGCUGAACAUGUCAGCUGCUGUGCUAUUUUAUACAAGGUGCCCAAUGCACUUGUAACUACAUUUAGCCAAUCAGAUUACUAAUAAAACAAUAUCACUUGAAAGACCAUUACUUAUAUAUAUGCAAUCAAGUCACUUUCAGUAAAAAGUAAAAAUGGAACCCUUUGAUCCGUACGAAACCUGCAUAUAUGAUAAAGUACAUCGCGUUCGGAGGUCUCGAAUGCUAUUUCACCUUACCGUAUGCUCCAAGAAUUUCCCAGCGUCAAAUUUUAUGCAGUGUCCAUUUAAUGUAUUCCAUAAAGUCAAACGAACGGAAUUUAAAAAUCACAUAAAGUAUUGUUCAGCAAAGACAUCUGUGAUUGAUGAUGCAAUAUAUGAUACAAAAUUACAAACAGAACCAAAUAUCUUACCAAUUGAUGUCAACCCUGUAGAUACGUCAAAUACAGAAAAGUGGAUGGAUGACAAUUUCACAUCAUACAACCCACUUCAAGCUGUUCAAAAUAAACCAAUAGUAUACCCUAUUAUUGGACUGUCAAAAGCAAAGAGAAGAAAACACAGAAUGCAGGAAAGGAUGCGUUUUAAUAAAAUUAUGGAAAACAAUCAAUAUCAAGAUAUAAAUCAAAGUUCUAUACAAUCCGACUCUUUGGAAGACAAACCUUUGCGUAUACCAUAUCAGAUUAUCAAAAAAACCAAUGGAGCGCCAUUAACUAAAAAUCAAAUUUCUCUACCUUCUAAACUGCCAUACAAAAAGUCGGUUGCUAAUGAAAAUAAAAAGGAGGAUAUCGACGAUUCUAUAAUUGAUAAAUUAUCAAGAACGUUUGAAGAAAUCAUAAUAAAUGACGAAGACUACAAGAAGAAAACUGAACAGUUGGACGAAGAAAUAAACAGAUUGAAAAGAAUUCCAAUCGAGAAGAAAAUGAAAAAAUAAUAAAUCAAAAUUAAAGAAGCAUUUUAAAAAAAUAAUUUUUGAAAGACUUCAAAUAGGGUUAUUAACUCUAGAACUAAUUUAUAUUUUUGGCACUUUUUACAUAAUUUGGUGACAUUAUUUUAUAUAUUUGUAAUCAUUUCUCUUCAAUGAUAACAUCGUAAACAUUUGGUCAGCACAAAAUUUAUUUUUUUUCAGAAUUAAUAUAUACUCAAAAAUGUAUGAAUAUAUAACCAUAGAUUUCAUUAAAUAUCUAAGCCUUUUUGUGCUAUUGUGCUAUUAAUUUUAUACUUGAGUGUAUGAUAUUAUGGCAGUUAUGGAUUCAAUAUAAGCCAAAUUCAAUGCUAUUUGUUUCAUGGUAACUUUGCUACUUCACAUAGAAUGGUGUAUGGCUGACCAC